AUGGAUGCUUCAUCUUUAACCAGUUCAAGUCUAAGCAUUUCAAAUUCAAAGGCAUUUCAUUGCGUUCCACGACAAAGACCAUGUCACGUGCACUUUGCAAUUUCAUGCAGAGUAAAGAAAAUGGAGGAACCAAGGAAUGGAUCAAAUUUCUACAAAAUGUUAUCUGUGAAUCCAAAGAGUGCAACAAUGGAAGAGAUAAAGAGAGCUUAUAGAUCAAUGGCACUUCAAUAUCAUCCUGACGUGUGUCAUGAUCCUUCCAUGAAAGAAGAAUCAACUAGAAUGUUUGUUCGGUUAAACGCGGCUUAUGAGACUUUGUCGAAUCCUAUGCUUCGUGAACAAUAUGAUAGUGAGUUGGGUUUGAGAAGUAGUAGGAUGAAUAAUGAUGUUGUUGGUGAAGAGAUUUGGAGAAGUAGGUGGCAAGAACAAGUGGUUGAGUUGAAGAAAAGGUCUUGUAGACGUAUGGCACAAAAAGGAAGGUCUUGGGGUAGCAGAAUGAGGACACAAAACAUGAAAGAUACGAACUAA